CAUUCCAUUACCGACCUCGAUGAAAAUUGUUUAGCUUCUAUAAUCGCUGCUCGGACGCGCUUACCAAUAUGUCAUAGAGUGCCAUUAUGAAUCUAACUUUCUAAUGUUAAAUAUUUUUAAUAAAAAUGCUUAAAAAUCCACCAGACCCAAGUACCCCGAGAUAGGGAGAACCCACGAAUUUUCCUCCUUAACCAUUCAUAAGGGAGGCCUGAGCCCCUGCAGUGGGGAUGUUAAAAAGCUGAUGAUAUUGAUGAUUUUUAACCUUUAGAAUAAAGUGAACCUCGGGUACCUCGCGUUGACGGAUUUUUUAAACAUUUUUCAUUAAAAAUAUUUUUCAGUAUAGCAUUGUGAAUGCACGAUUGAUCAAAUAUAAUUUCCGAUGUUAUUUAUUUAGAUGGAGAACGUGCGUAUUAGAGGCAGACGUGGCACGUUGCACUUCAUCAGGUUCCCCACGUCCGAAGUAGGCGCGUUCCUACAACUGGCCAGGUCUAAGGGCAUGGCCGAUCUGGUCAACACCAUAUACGCGACGGGGGGCGGCGCUUACAAAUUCGAAGAGGACUUUAUCAAGGAAGUGAACAUGCGACUGGCCAAGUUGGACGAAUUGGACGCUCUUAUAGCGGGCGUGUUGUUUGUGGACGCUAUGAACUCGCAGGAGUGCUACUACUGGGCGCCACCAGAUGAAGUGCCCGUUCAUCAACACCCAGCUGACUCGCCGCCGUAUUCGGAGGCGGCGUUGAGUCUGUACGUCCGUAAACCGUUCGACUUCUCUCGUCCGUAUCCGUUUCUGUUGGUGAAUAUCGGCAGCGGCGUGUCCAUGCUGGUUGUGAACGCGCCCACCGAUUACUACAGGGUCAGCGGCACCAGUUUGGGCGGCGGUACAUUCCUUGGUCUGUGUUGUCUCCUCACUGGCUGCAGUAGUUUCGAAGAAGCGAUAUCAUUGGCCGCCUCCGGUGACAAUACUACCGUCGACAAACUCGUCAGAGACAUAUACGGCGGAGAUUAUGCCAGAUUCGGAUUGCCCGCUGACUUGGUUGCUAGCAGUUUCGGUCAGAUGUCGACGGCGGAGAGACGCGCGAAGGUGUCCCGCGAGGAUCUAGCCCGCGCCACCCUCGUCACCAUCACGAAUAACAUCGGAUCUAUAGCGAGACUGUGCGCCAGCAACGAGAAUAUAGAGAGGGUUGUGUUUUGCGGCAACUUUCUGCGCGUCAAUCCGUUAUCUAUGAAACUGUUGUCCUACGCGAUGUCGUAUUGGUCGCGGGGAGCACUUAAAGCCUUAUUCUUAGAGCACGAAGGAUAUUUUGGAGCAGUGGGCUGUCUCCUUCAUUUAGAUAUGAAACAGAAGAACGAGAGUUUGUCCAGACACGGCACUCCCCCUACCGGGGAGCCGGGUCAUGCGGACAGAUAAGCCAAAAUGAGCCUUAUCCCAAUAUAAAUAAAGUAGAAUGUUCUUAUGACUGGUGUGCGAUGGAAUUAUAACAAUCCUUUAUAUAGAACUUAUAUUAAUUACAAGCUUUCCACCAGCGGUUUCAACCAGACUACCAGUUGUGCCCAGGAAACUGUUUAUUUGGAUAUCGAAUCACGCGGAUA